GGCAUAUGGUCAUACUGUUUAAAUUUUCGUCAAGCACGUCAGAAAGAACAAUUUUUUCAAGCUCAGUUUUCAUUUUAUAAAAGUUUUUCAUUCUAAAAAAAAUGGCUUCUAUUAGCUUGUUGAAUCCCAAGGCCGAGAUUGCCCGUGCCGCCCAUGCUCUGGCGAUCAACAUCAGCGCCGCUAAAGGUCUGCAGGAUGUAAUGCGCACUAACCUUGGGCCGAAAGGAACUGUGAAAAUGUUGGUCUCUGGUGGUGGCGACAUCAAAAUCACCAAGGACGGCAAUGUGCUGCUGCAUGAGAUGCAAAUUCAGCAUCCAACUGCAUCGAUGAUUGCCCGGGCCAGCACCGCCCAGGACGAUUCUACUGGCGAUGGCACCACCACCACAGUGAUGCUGAUCGGUGAGCUGCUCAAGCAGGCCGAUAUCUAUUUGUCGGAGGGUAUGCAUCCACGCAUUAUGGCCGAUGGCUUUGGCAACGCGUGCGAAAAGGCGCUGGAGGUACUCGAAAAUUGCAAGGUUCCGGUGGAAAUCAACAAGAAGAAUCUGAUGGAGGUGGCCAACACCAGUCUGAAGACCAAGGUGCAUCCCGUGCUGGCCGAUCUGCUUACCGAGGUGUGUGUGGACGCCAUACUGACCAUUGCGAAUGGGUCCAUCACCCCAAUUGAUCUGCACAUGGUGGAGCUGAUGGAGAUGCAGCACAAGACGGCCACGGACACGCAGUUGGUGCGUGGUCUGGUCCUGGACCAUGGCGGCCGCCAUCCGGACAUGCCCAAGCGUUUGGAGAAUGCCUACAUUCUCACCGCCAAUGUCUCCCUGGAAUACGAGAAGGCUGAGGUCAACUCUGGAUUCUUCUACAAGACGGCCGAGGAGCGCGAAGCUUUCGUCCGUGCUGAGCGCGAGUUCAUUGAUCAGCGUGUCAAGAAGGUGAUCGAUCUGAAGCGUUCGCUGUGCGAUGGCACAGACAAGUCGUUCGUGCUGAUCAACCAGAAGGGAAUAGAUCCCCUCUCCCUGGAUGCCCUGGCCAAGGAGGGAAUACUUGCUCUGCGCCGCGCCAAGCGCCGCAACAUGGAGCGUUUGGCUCUGGCCUGUGGCGGGACCGCCUUGAACACCUUUGAAGAUCUGCAGGAGGAGCAUCUCGGCUAUGCAGGUGUCGUGUACGAGCACGUGCUGGGCGAGAACAAGUACACCUUUGUGGAGGACUGCAAGCAUCCGCUUUCGGUCACUAUUCUGAUUAAGGGCCCCAACAAGUUCACCAUUCUGCAGAUUAAGGAUGCCAUUCGCGACGGGCUGCGCUCCAUCAACAAUACAAUGGGCGACAAGGCUCUGAUCCCCGGUGCUGGCGCAUUUGAGGUACGAGCCUACAACGAGCUGUUGGUCUACAAGGACACCAUCAAGGGCAAGGGCCGCCUGGCCGUGCAGGCCUUUGCUGAUGCCCUGCUGGUGGUACCCAAAACGCUGGCCAUCAACAGUGGCUACGAUGCCCAGGACACAAUGCUGAAGCUCGUCACCGAGGAUCGCCUGACCACCGAUUUAAUUGGCCUCGAUUUGGCUACCGGUGAGCCCAUGAAGCCUGUCGAUAUGGGCAUCUAUGACAACUACAUUGUCAAGAAACAGAUCCUAAACUCUUGCUCAAUCAUAGCCAGCAAUCUGCUGCUCGUCGACGAGAUAAUGCGUGCUGGCUUGACCAGCCUCAAGGGUUAGGUUAGUCCGUGCCCCCUAUAAAUAUAUAUAUCUUAUUCUAAAUACAACAAUGUUCACUUAAUACAAACUAAAUAAAAGCAAGGCUUUCAAGUCCACUCUGUU